GUGUGUGUGUGUGUGUGUGUGUGUGUGUGUGUGUGUGUGUGUGUGUGUGUGACAGAGAAGGGGUGCUGCGGACCUGGAGAAGGGGUGAGCCCAGCCUCCCUGCAGAGUGACACCUCCACCAUCGGCUGCAAGGAAGGGGUGAGUCCCUCAGGGCUGCAGGAGCGGCAAGGUAGGCCAAGGUCCGGCCACGCCUGACACCUAGUGGCCACCUGAGCCCGGGGCAGGGCGCGGGAAGAGCAGGGGGCCUGUUCUCUCGUUCUCCUGGCCAGUAUCCCCCUUCCCUCUGCCCGGGGCCCGGCCCCGGCAGCCCCAGCAGCCCAUUCCCCCUCAGCCUCGCCCUCGGCCUCCGAGUCAGGCCUGGACUUGGAGGCCUCCCACACCCACGGGUGGGUCGCAGAACCCCAUACGCCCCCGAACGUGGCGGACCCGGGAAGCCAGGUCGUGAGGCCCGGAUUCGAAGGUUACCCGAGCUCGGGUCCGGAGGCCGGGUCACGGUGGCCGCCGUUCUCGCGCCGCAGGCCCUAGCACGCGGGCGUCAAGGCUCGGGCCCGGAGGCUGGCGGGACCCUGUCCCUAGACCCGGGACCUUGGGGGGCCGUGCCCGGUCCCAGGUGCGCGGACCCGCCGGGGGCACUUCCGGUCCCCGCGCCCCCGCCCCCAGCCCGUCGCGUAGUCCGCCGGGCUGCCAACAAGCUGUAGCCGCCCGGUCGCCAUGGAGACGCGGUAGCUCCGAAGUCCGCGCGGCUGGCCAAACCGGCAGAACAGCCCGGGCGUGGCGCGGGCAGCUCGCUGGCCAGUCGGCAGCGCGACGCUGCGCAGCGAGGACAAGGUCCGGGCUCGACGUCCAGCCAGUUACUGGCCUGAGAAAGUGCAGAGCCACACCCCGAGCAGGCAACCCCUGUAGGAAAUCCAAAGGAGUGGCCACCCCAGUGUGGUGAAGCCAGCGUGGACUGUGGUCGUGGAGCAAAUCGACAGAGGCGGAAGAGGAGGAGCCGGGGUGUGAGGUGGAGGGGAUAACAACAGGCCGUGCUGCCAGAGCUGGGGAACUGGGAGCAUCUCUUCCGAGUGGACGUGGGAGGUGUGUUACACGGCCUGCCCCCCUUUUUAAAAAACGAUGGAAUUGCCAACAGUUGUCAAAGGUGGCAGAGAGAACUGGGGGUAAAGACAGCUCAGUUCCCAGGAGGACAAGGCCAGGCCAGCUGGAAACUAGUUCUUGAGCAGCACAGGGUACAGGGUGUGUGCUCGCUUUUAGGGGGGACCCCAAAAUUGGUUAGUUAAACAUCUCUGCUCAGCUGCUGUUCUCUGCUGGUAAUGACGGAGAAGGAGGGUGUCUCCGGGGCAGUGGGAGAGGCAAGACGGGAUGCAGUGCUCGGCCCUCUGGGAGCUGCAGCAGCGUCUUUCUGUGGCCCCAGGCCGCCAGCACCGAGGCCCAGCAAAUGGACACCAUGCUUGUUCAUCAACCGCCUCCUCUCCUCCCAUCUUCCAGUGCCUCUCCCGCCUGGGUGUGGGGAGAACCAGCAGGUUCAGAGGGAAGAGCCGGCACACAGGCCACCCUGAGCUCGGGCGAGGCUGUGGAGACACUGGGGACUGGGCAGAGGAGCCAGGAAAUGCCUCCCACUGGCCCUGAGCCUCGCUUCCCCAAACCCCAUUGAGCCCCCGGUUCCCUGUCUGCACAACGCGAGCAGUGACACACCUUUUCUCACAGGAUCCCUGUGCGCUAAGUGACCCCAGGAGUUCUCACCUUGUAGAUCUCAGUUCAGGAAGCCUGGCCUGAGGGAGGGGCGCAGGCCCACGCCCCAGGUGUGGAAGGGAAGACGAGGCAGGAAGGGAAACGGGCAGCUCGGAGGCUCCUGUCGCCUGGUCCUUUCUACUGAAGCGGCUCAGAGAACGUUCCUUCUACGGGCAGCUGCCCUGCAGCUCUCUGUGGGCAGGACUUCUUUCAUCUCCAGCUGGGAGCUGAAAAAGCAGGCACGGGGGAGUCAGGUUCCUCAUUUCUCACCCUAGAUGUCCUUUAUGAUUCAUCUGGAGGAAAAAUUCCAGCACCUUUAAGGAAUUUGCUCACUUCUCUGUUUCACCUGUGAACCCCACCUGAGAAAACCCAGGGCCUCCUGAAACAGAAAGUAAAGCACUGGCACUGGGCCCUCCUGCUCUGGCCAGAACUUGGAGGACUUUGACUUGCUCCCUCAUUGCAGGUGGAAGUGCAGCCAGCAGUCCCCUCGGCAUAGAGCCGCCUCGGCAUGGACAGCCCUGCCCGCCCAGCACCUGCCCCUGCGGCCCUGCUUUACUAUGUGGCCUUCUCCCAGCUGCUGGGCCUGGCCGUGGUGGCCAUGACUGGCACCUGGCUCGGUGUGUACCGAGGAGGCAUCGCCUGGGAGAGCGCCCUGCAGUUCAACGUGCAUCCUCUCUGCAUGGUCAUAGGCCUGGUCUUCUUGCAGGGAGAUGCCCUGCUGGUUUACCGCGUCUUCAGGAAUGAGGCCAAACGCACCACCAAACUUCUGCACGGGCUGCUGCACGUCUUCGCCUUCGUCAUCGCCCUGGUGGGCCUGGUGGCGGUGUUCGACUACCACAGGAAGGAAGGCUACGCCGACCUGUACAGCCUGCACAGCUGGUGUGGCAUUCUGGUCUUCGUCCUCUUCUUUGUGCAGUGGCUCAUGGGCUUUAGCUUCUUCCUGUUCCCCGGCGCGUCGUUUUCUCUGCGGAGCCGCUACCGGCCGCAGCACGUCUUCCUUGGCGGCGCCAUCUUCCUCCUCUCGGUGGGCACCGCCCUGCUGGGCCUGAAGGAGGCGCUGCUGUUCGAGCUCGGGACCAAGUACAGCAAGUUCGAGCCCGAGGGCGUCCUGGCCAACGUGCUGGGCCUGCUGCUGGCCGCCUUCGGCGCGGUCGUGCUCUACAUCCUGACCCGCGCCGACUGGAAGCGGCCCCUCCAGGCGGAAGAGCAAGCGCUCUCCAUGGACUUCAAGACGCUGACGGAGGGCGACAGCCCCAGCUCCCAGUGACGCGCGCCCCGUGCCAUCCCGUCCUGUCCCCCGAGGCGGUCUCCGCCGUUUCGGGGCCCCGACAGGUGUCUGUCCCGCACCCGCCGAGGCUCCGGGGGUGGGGAGCGGGGAUGGGGCAGCCCUCCUCCCUGAGCGCUGAUUUCCGGGGUUCAGGCCCCCUCCGCUUUCCCCUCCUCGCUGCUGCUGCUGCCGCCGCCGCUGCCAUCGUGUUAGUCCUGCGCAGACCCCCGCCCCCCUUGCCUCUGCCACCCCCUCAGAUGGAGCAGCUUUGGGUAGGGUUCUGGGCGGCUGGGCCUGGUCGCAGAAGCACAGAUCCUUAAAGGGGUUGGAGAGGGGGAGGCGGCUCCCCGCUCGGGGCAGCGGGGGCCUGGGCUGUGUCCGCGGAGAAGGCGGGGCUCAGCGCCGGGCCCGGCGAGGCCAAGACUUGCUUUGUGUGACGCCGAACUCCAACCAGGAGUCUUGCGGGCCCAGCCUUUGGCAGCGGAGCAAGUGAUAUUAUGUGUAAAAUAUGCUGGUGUCAGGGCAGGGUUCCCCAGGAGAGGGGAGGGACUGGCCCUUGGGAAGCUCUGGACGCGUGGCUUGGGCCCAGCUGCGCUCUGCAGCCUUCUCUUUCUUUAACUCCUUAGCCCCAGGGCGGCUUUCUUUGCCUUUGGGGCCCAGCAGCCCGAAGAAGAGACAGGAGGUGGGCCUCGGCGGGCGCUGCGGGCGCUGCGGGCCGUAUGGCGCCUGCAGGGGCUCCCCUCCCCGCGGGGGCCGGCCUCGCGAGCCAGCUGCCCACCCUCGGAGCUCACUCAGGCGCUGCUCUGACAGAGGCCCAGGACACAAGCCUUUUUGCUUUAAACAAAAAGCUGCCGCUGUUGCCCCUUUUCCCUUUCCAUAGGGAGGGUAGGGGCUGCCUAAUCAGGAGGAAAGCCUCAUCCUCUCCUACCUGGGGCCCAUCUUUGCAGGAAGUUGGGACCAAGUCAGAAUCGGAUUAAUCCCCCCAACCCCAUGAGUGUAUAAUGCUGUUAGCUGAGUCACCGUUUGGCUUCUGUCUAGAAAUAACGUGAUUACAGCAUCGAUCUUGUGCUUCUUGGACUUGGUGAAUGCUCUCUCCUUGUUUUCCUCGUUUUCUGGGCUUUGAGGAGCAUGACACUGUUUGAGACAAGACACAGUUUUUACUUAAAUGAAGACAUUAAUAGAAUUUCCAAAUCUGACUACUGUUUUUUUUUUUUUAACGGCUGCCUUUCUCACACCUAAAUGCUGCCUUCGAGAAAGGGAGCUUGUCUCCCCUAUUGCCCAGAUCUCUAAAACAGCUUUUGUGGUGGGUCCUGCCUCAGGCGAUGCUGCUUCUCAGAGCAGGUGGCUGUGUUGGGCGCCUUACCAGCAGGGCUCCCUGCUCCCUUCCGUGGGCAUUCCGGGCUCUGCUGCAGCCCCAGCACCAGGGUGUCUCCGCACCCUGUUUAUAUCAUACGCUCUGCAAGGGCACGAGCUCCGGCAACUCUUUGAUCACCUGGUAUGGUCAUUGUUUACACGUGGGAAAACUCCACCUUAGACAAACUACAAGAGUACAGUUGUAUAUCUCCGUUGCCAGAAAGGCACAGAGAGAAAUGGAACCUUGGAUUUGCAAGAAAAGUCUAUAAACUGGCCUGUUUGCCAAAGCGUAUGCUGGACGAUUCAUGAGCCAAAAAGCCUCCCCCCCACCCCCAAGCUGUUCUGUGGUGGUUUAUUUUAUUUUGCCUGUGGCCAAUCUUCUAUGAAGUACAAUGUAGUGUUGGUACAACAGAUGAUUCAAUAAAUGUGUACAGCAGG